UAGGGAGGGGAGGCCAUUUUCCGUUCUUUGGGAGAGUGUGGGUAAGGGGAGGGAGAAAAAGGGCUGCGCCCCUUCCUUGCGUGGACAGACGGGCAGUUUCAGCCGGCGGCUGAGGUCGCUGAGGGCCCGAAGGCGAUGUUUUCCCUGUCGAGCACGGUGCAGCCCCAGGUUACAGUUCCUUUGAGUCAUCUCAUCAAUGCCUUCCAUUCUCCAAAAAGCACAUCAUCUUCUGUCAGUGCAUCAGUUUCUCAAAACCAGCAUCGAGAUGUGAUUCCUGAGCAUGAGGCUCCCAGCAAUGAGCCUGUGCUUAACUUAAGGGACCUUGGAUUAUCUGAAUUAAAAAUUGGACAGAUUGAUCAAUUGGUAGACAGUCUACUUCCUGGAAUUUGUAAAGGCAAAAACAUUUCUUCCCAUUGGCAUACAUCUCAUGUCUCUGCACAGUCCUUCUUUGAAAAUAAAUAUGGUUAUAUUGAUGUAUUUAGUACUUUACGUUCCUCUUGCUUGUACAGACAACAUUCAAGAACUCUGAAGAGCAUUUGUUCAGAUCUUCAGUACUGGCCAGAUGUGUACAAAUUAACAAGAUUUAUAUUACCCAUUGUUGCAAAGGCUGUGGAGAAAAGGAUAAUCAUAUUCAUUGUUUUCAUACAGUCUCGGAGUUUUAAAACGUUAAAAUCAAGGACACGACGUCUGCAGUCCACCUCUGAAAGAUUAGCAGAAACACAGUAUAUAGCACCAUCAUUUGUGAAGGGAUUUCUUUUGCGGGACAGGGGAUCAGAUGUUGAGACUUUGGACAAACUCAUGAAAACCAAAAACAUACCUGAGGCUCACCAAGAUGCAUUUAAAACUGGUUUUGCAGAGGGUUUUCUGAAAGCUCAAGCACUAACACAAAAAACCAAUGAUUCUCUAAGACGAACUCGUCUGAUUCUCUUUGUUCUGCUGCUAUUAGGCAUUUAUGGACUUUUAAAAAACCCAUUUUUAUCUGUCCGCUUCCGGACAACAACGGGGCUUGAUUCUGCAGUAGAUCCUGUCCAGAUGAAAAAUGUCACCUUUGAGCAUGUUAAAGGAGUGGAGGAAGCUAAACAAGAGUUACAGGAAGUUGUGGAAUUCUUGAAAAAUCCACAAAAAUUUACUGUGCUUGGAGGCAAACUUCCGAAAGGAAUUCUUUUAGUUGGACCACCAGGAACAGGAAAAACCCUUCUUGCCCGGGCUGUAGCUGGAGAAGCUGAUGUUCCUUUUUAUUAUGCUUCUGGAUCAGAAUUUGAUGAGAUGUUUGUGGGUGUGGGAGCCAGCCGCAUAAGAAAUCUUUUUAGGGAAGCAAAAGCGAAUGCUCCUUGUGUUAUAUUCAUCGAUGAAUUAGAUUCUGUUGGUGGGAAGCGAAUUGAAUCUCCAAUGCAUCCAUAUUCAAGGCAGACUAUAAAUCAACUACUUGCUGAAAUGGAUGGUUUUAAACCCAAUGAAGGAGUUAUCAUCAUUGGAGCCACAAACUUCCCAGAGGCAUUAGAUAAUGCCUUAAUUCGUCCUGGUCGUUUUGACAUGCAGGUUACAGUUCCAAGGCCAGAUGUAAGAGGUCGAACAGAAAUUUUGAAAUGGUAUCUCAAUAAAAUAAAGUUUGAUCAGUCUGUUGAUCCAGAAAUCAUAGCUCGAGGUACUGUUGGCUUCUCUGGAGCAGAGUUGGAGAAUCUUGUGAACCAAGCUGCUUUAAAGGCAGCUGUUGAUGGAAAAGAAAUGGUUACCAUGAAAGAACUUGAAUUUUCCAAAGAUAAAAUUCUAAUGGGGCCUGAACGUAGAAGUGUGGAAAUCGAUAACAAAAACAAAACCAUCACUGCAUAUCAUGAAUCUGGCCAUGCUAUUAUUGCAUAUUACACUAAAGAUGCAAUGCCUAUCAACAAAGCUACAAUCAUGCCUCGAGGGCCAACACUUGGACAUGUUUCCCUGUUGCCUGAGAAUGACAGGUGGAAUGAAACCAGAGCUCAGCUGCUUGCACAAAUGGAUGUUAGUAUGGGAGGAAGAGUGGCAGAGGAGCUUAUAUUUGGAACUGACCAUAUAACAACAGGUGCUUCCAGUGAUUUUGAUAAUGCAACUAAAAUAGCAAAGUGGAUGGUUACCAAAUUUGGAAUGAGUGAAAAGCUUGGAGUUAUGACCUACAGUGAUACGGGGAAACUAAGUCCAGAAACGCAAUCAGCUAUUGAACAAGAAAUCAGAAUCCUUCUGAAGGACUCAUAUGAACGAGCAAAACAUAUCUUGAAGACUCAUGCAAAAGAGCAUAAGAAUCUAGCAGAAGCUUUAUUGACCUACGAGACUUUGGAUGCCAAAGAGAUUCAAAUUGUUCUUGAAGGGAAGAAAUUGGAAUUGAGGUGAUCUCUCUUGAAAUGGGUCCAUUGCUGGUUUUACUGCAAGAAUAUAAGUAGCAUUGCAGUACUCUCCUUUUGCAACACUUCUCUCCCAUUUUUGACCUGGUAUCACUCAAGUGUGUGAAACACUUUCUCAACCUUUUGUCACAUUUAUCUACUUUUGGUUAUUCUCAUGAUGACACCUAUUGCAAAUUAGCAAUCCAUAGCAACUAUGUUAAAGAAAAUAAAGAACUAUCAGGAUUGAAACAGCUUGUUUGAGAAAUGUCCAUCAGUUAUUAAGUUGCACAUGAAUAAUGAUUUUAUGCUGGGUUACUCUACUAGAUGUGAAUAAAAUUGUGCCUUGAGCUCCUUGGAAGUCUUUUUACUUAGAAAAAAUGAAAUUGUUGAAGAAUUGUCCUCAUUUUUAGGUAGUACCAUUGAUCUUUGAUAAAGAAGUGAUGCUAUUUGGCUGCUGGUACACCAUAUUUCUACAUACAUCUGUGGAAACUUCAUUAAGAUACACUUAAUUAUGCUCCAGAUUGUCCACAUAUAAAAUUGUGUUUAAAAAAAAAAAAUCUUAAAAAUAGUGAAUUGUAAAUGUAAAGGUACAAUCAGAAUUAAGUGAUUAUAAACUUUUAAAAAUGUA